CGUCGGCUUGGGCGGGAUGGUACCCUUGUUUGUGGGGGCAGAGCAGAUCAGGUCACAGCCACAUGACUUGGUGAAGGAACCCAUGACACCUCACGUGCCCCAACAGGCGAUUUCUCCUCAACAAGGGGCCCUCCAGCAGGAGAGAGGUGUUGUACGACAAGGUCUCCAGCAGGAAGAGACUGUCAUAAUUCAGGAGGAAUCUCUACCAUCUAGAGAGUCUCUUCGGUCAGACAGGACCAACUCAGCGCCCACCUCUCUCCUGCAGCCAGGGCGUGUCCAGCAGGAAGAUGAACCUCAGCAAGUAGGAAAUUCACAAGAAGACAAAACUGUGCAGGUCAGAGAUACGCCUACCACGGCGCCGUCCUUAUCAUCUCACCAUUACUCCUUUGGGUGUCGUUUAGAAGCCAAUAACGAGUGGCCCUACGCAGGCAGAUCGUCUAGCAGAGAACCACACACGAGCGCUGCAGAGAAAGAGGCUGAACCAGUCACUAAUAUGACCCCGGCAGAUAACCAGGAACCAAAGCAGGUUUUAAGAGAAGAGGACAAGAGUUAUAGUGAAGCUGUAAUUGAAAAUAUAGAGAGAAUGGUUAUUAGCGUUGUGAAGAGAGACACAACAAGGGUGAACAGUGAGGGCAGGAGGUUGGGUCGCCAGGAGUUGUACACUGAGACUGUCCUCCGCGACAGUUUGAGGACCAAGAGAAUCAGACAUCGCAGGCACAAAGCAGCACAAAUAGCACACCAGCAACUGGAACACGACACCAACAUAUACAAUGAUCUCUUUCCGUCAUUCUCAGAUCAAGAGCUGGACAACUCGUUAGAAAAUCACAUUCCAGGUGCAGCAGACAAUAUAUGGAGAGACCGUAACAUUAUCAUCGAGGACGACUAUCACAUAGACCCUGUUAGUGUAUACACUACACGUCACGGUAAAGGUGGCCGACAAAGACAACUUAUACCGCCGCCAACACAGUCUUCUCCACCUGAGAGCAAACCGGUGCUGUAUAGAUAUGAUAAAGUUACCCACAACACGGUCAAGAAAAACCACAAGACACCCAACGCCCCUCAUUUAACAGUUCGGGGCUACGAGGAAGGUCCUGUUGUCCCAGCCAAGCCAAGAGGGAAAAACACCAGAGCAAAGUUUUAUCCCGGUAAACAUGCUGUGGAUGAAACCUUCAUCAGAAAAAUGAACUUUAAAGGUUACCAGAGGAGAACUGAAGUAAACGCUGAAUCAUUUAGCUCCCAGGCAACCUUGCUGGACAUCCAAGCUGACGCAAACAACAUAUCAAAUGAUCUCAGUGGAGGAGUCGAGGUGGAGUUCACCAACUAUGUGGAGGAGCCAGGACCAACUAGAUCGUCUCCUGAACAAGUGGAUAUUCCUCAAGCACCGCCUAUCCCCACUACUACCCCUCGUCCGUCUUACUCCACCACCUCCAGCAGGCGUAAUGUUGUUACCACAACCACCGUGGGUUAUGACAGUAUUCCAACUACACCCAUUAGGUGGGAGAACACGGAUGAGUCUACGACUUUUCUGGAAUUAGAAAACAUUGUUACUAUUCAAAAUGGUAUAAAGGACGAGGAGAAAAUAUCUUUAAACCCAGAUGAAGAAAAUGUACCGGAAGAAUCAAAAGGAAAUGGGACGGAAGGAGUUAAUGAGACAGACGAAGACGUAUCAUAUGAAGACUAUGACAUGGAGGAUAUUGAAGUUACUGAGCCAUCGUCGACGGUAAAAAAUGGUACCAGCGACGAUGACUAUCACGACCCCGCGUUCAUCCCUGCCAAGUUGCCCUUCGGUCCCUUCCUCCCCACCGCGAGGAAGGAAGAACUUGACAGUACCCCGAGGGGUAUCUUAGGCGUCGUGAAGAAGAUCAAACCCUUCAUAAUGCCUAAGGUCGAGACGGGAAUGAAAAAGCCGAAUUCUGGGGACAUGAUGGGGAACAUUCUAUCUCCACUUUUCGGCGUCCAGCAGCAGAGGACCAAGGCGAAGGGCCACAAACUACUGGAGUAUGACAACGAGAGAAGUCACAACGAGGAGCUUUAUAACAAAGUGGGUGGAUCCUUCAUGCCUGACUUUGACAGUAGGACAGUUGGUUACCCCGUAGAAUCCUAUACAUCCUUCCCUCUGAUCCGCCGUAACAAAUACAGAAUGUUUACAAGCAGUAAACUUCACGGGGGGUUUGCCUUCAUCGACAGAAAGCACCAAGAACACGGCGAACCUUCCAUCAUACCGCCUCGAGUAACUGACGACUCUCCCCGGGAACAUAACCUCGUCAUCUUCGGUCACGUCGGGAAUGAUACCAUCAUGGACAUCCUGAGAAACUGCUCUAGACACGUUACUCUCCAACUGAUUGACCAUUAUAGCUUGGAGGACCUCAUUAGGGAAACGUCCAACCCCAUGCGCCAGCUCAUCGUGUACUUCAAUCUCAAGAGUGUUAACUACGAGAGCUACAACAUUGUACUCGAGCGAACGAAGCGCAUUCUAGAUCACUUGUCCAUGUCCCAAGGCGGACUGACCAUAUAUACUGUCAUCCCGACCGAGGCGAACGAGAUUAACACGACAAGGAGCAAGGAAGUUAAGACACAGCUCCUGAAUUUGAACGACGCCAUCCUGGACUACUGCGCCCAGGACUACCCGACCUGCUACACCACCUAUAACUUGGCCUCCAUAACACGUAACCUAGAGCGUACCUACAACAAGGACAGCGGCUUUGAUGUGUACGACCUCGGCGGACGAAGUAAUGAGGCUUGUGCGUCCAACGAGGUGUGUGGCACGGCCAGCCCCACCGCCGAGAACCCCGGGAGUAGUACCAAGACCUUGGCCUCCCCGGAGCAGCAACUUAAUUACCUGGGUGAGGCAGUGUGUCGCUCCUCCUACCACCUGGUAAUGGAACUGGAGGCCAACAUGCCCACCUUCGACUAUGAAGACUACGCCAGGGCCCUCGAGAACAUCAAGGAGGAGAGUAUGAGGGUGCGCGCGCAGACUGGGCUGGUGCUGCACGACAUCCUGCCACGCGACCUCAAGAAGUAUGACAAGAAUCGUCCCCCCAAGUACGAGGGCCAGGCCACCAUCGUCUACUUCCACGUCACCGUCCUCUCCGUCGACUCCAUCAACGAAGAGUCAAUGACAUACGUGGCAGACAUCUUCCUGGCUCAGAGUUGGCGGGACCAUCGUCUGCGCCUGCCGGAGAACAUGACGGAGGAGUACCGCAUCCUGGACGUGGAGUGGCUGCACAACAUCUGGAGGCCCGACUGCUUCUUCAAGAACGCUAAGCGGGUCACCUUCCACGAAAUGUCCGUGCCAAACCACUACCUCUGGCUCUACCACGACAAGACACUACUCUACAUGGCCAAGUUGACUCUGGUGUUGUCCUGCGCCAUGAAGUUUGAAGCCUACCCACACGACACUCAGAUCUGCUCCAUGAUGAUUGAGAGCUUAUCCCACACCACACAUGACCUGGUGUUCAAGUGGAAUGAAACGGACCCUCUGGUGGUGAACCCAGACAUAGAACUGCCUCAACUGGACAUCUCCCGCAACAACACCGAGGACUGUACCCUCACUUACUCCACAGGUAACUUCACGUGCCUGGCGGUGGUGUUCAACCUGCGUCGUCGUCUGGGAUACCACCUGUUCCACACCUACGUGCCCUCCGCCAUCACUGUCGUCAUGUCGUGGAUCUCCUUCUGGAUCAAGCCCGAGGCCAUCCCUGCCCGUGUCACCCUCGGCGUCACUUCCCUCCUCACCUUAGCCACCCAGAACCAACAAUCGCAGUCGUCGUUACCGCCAGUGUCGUACAUCAAGGCUAUAGACGUGUGGAUGUCAUCUUGCACCGUGUUCGUGUUCGCCUCGCUGCUGCAGUUCGGUAUCGUCAAUUAUUUCAUGGAGGCCGAACCUCUCACCAAAGACAUGACGGGCUACUCUGUCGAGGACCUCACUGAUAUCGAUGAGAAAAAGUCUGAGGAUGGUCGGCUGAAUGGGUACUCCCGCAGCCGCAGUCGGAGCAGAAGCCGCCUGCGGUCGCACAGUCCAGGAGUGCCGCAGUACGUCGUCCAUCGCUGCUCCGGGAAAGAUAUAGCCAUCUACAUAGACAAAUUCUCUCGGUUUUUCUUCCCGUUUUCCUUCUUUGUGUUGAAUGUGUCCUACUGGACCACCUACGGCACAAUGUGAGAGUGGCGACGUGGAGACUGAAGGACUCUUCCACCACAUACAUUUGGGAAGAUUGAAUAGAAAAGUGAAUGACUAUAAAAAAAAAUACAGGGCACACCUGUUUAAAGACCAGCUAUUUAGCAUGGCAAUUUGUGACAAUAAGUAAGCGUAACGGAACGUGCUGGUCGACCGCCGAGUAAUAUGAGUAAUCCUGAACUUGGCGCCUUGAUCAGCUAACUCAUGUCACCACCUUCCGCAUCCGUGUGAUGUGUGCUUAUGAGCUGGGUGCAUUUAUAAUGGUGAUAAAGCAUUUAUUGGCGUUUUAUAUAAACAGUGUAAAUGUUGCGAGCAUUUAUAAACUAGUUUAAGGGCAAUUUUUUUGAAACUAGAAAACCAAAUACGAAGAAAUUGAUGUUUCCGAAGGUUACUUGAAUCCAGCACUUAGAUCGCUUUGGUGUAAUUUUCAACUGUUGAUUGGGAUAUAAGAAGUGUAGACAUUAGUUUUCUCAUUCUCUAAAUAAUAAGUAGUAUAGUAAUAUGUUGUAUAAACAGGUUUCGGUAUACGUAAGGUUAAAAUAAUAUCAUCUCACAUAAUUGUUUCAUAAACGCACGGGCGCUCGACCUUUUUAUCUGAUUGUAGAUUACUGCGACGUCAUCAGACGGCAUAGCAACACGUUUCGGAACUUUCUAUCUUGGUCUUCAAAACUUGAAUUAAGAAUGACUUAAGAUGGACAGUAUCAUGUAAAACUGGACAAUCACGUUCACAAAUAUCGUCUAAGAUAUUUCAUCACGAUUCAUUCAUUGGUCAGUAACUUCAGUAGUGUUCAAAUGUUUGGAAAUAAAA